CCAAAGUGUAUAAAGAGAGACAGUCAGUCAGUGUGUCAGUGUGUGUGUUUCACACUGAGGGACUGGUGUGUGUGUGCAGAAGAAUCAGUAAUGAUGAAGUGCUUAUAUCUUUUGUAUGUCGUGUUUCACGUCUCUGCAGGCUGUGAUCUCUCUGCUCAAACUAAACAUGUUUACAUUGGACUCCCUGGUGGUUCAGUUCUGUUACUCUGCUCCUGCUCUGACCUGCACACCAAACCUCACACAUUCACCUGGGUGUCCUUCAGAACAGGAGGUCUGAAUGACGUGUUAAAUGAUGAACACUACCGUGGCAGACUUCAGCUGUUUAAUAACACUUCUCCUGGAAAUCUGUCUCUGCUCAUAUCUGACCUGAGAGAAGAGGAUGCAGUAGACUACAGGUGCAGCACUGAGAAGGGACACAGAGACAUGAGUAUUCCUGGUAAAGGCUGUGAUCUCUCUGGUGAUAAACAUCAGGUAGUUAUUAAUGGACACCCUGGUGGUUCAGUCCUGUUACCCUGCUCCUGCUCUGACCUGCACACCAAUCCUCAGACAUUCACCUGGACAACAGACAGAACAGGACACUGGACUGACGUGUUAAAUGAUGAACACUAUCGUGACAGACUUCAGCUGUUUAAUCACAUUUCUCCUGGUAAUCUGUCUCUGCUCAUAUCUGACCUGAGAGAAGAGGAUCAGAGAGUCUACAGGUGCAGCACUGGAUUAAAGGAAUACAGAGACAUCAGGAUUAAUGUUAAAGGCUGUGAUCUCUCUGGUGAUAAACAUCAGGUAGUUAUUAAUGGACUCCCUGGUGGUUCAGUUCUGUUACCCUGCUCCUGCUCUGACCUGCACACCAAUCCUCAGAUAUUCACCUGGACGACUAACAGAACAGGACACUGGACUGAAGUGUUAAAUGAUGAGCUCUACCGUGACAGACUUCAGCUGUUUAAUCACAUUUCUCCUGGAAAUCUGUCUCUGCUCAUAUCUGACCUGAGAGAAGAGGAUCAGAGAGUCUACAGGUGCAGCACUGGAUUAAGGGAAAACAGAGACAUCAGGAUUAAUGUUAAAGGCUGUGAUCUCUCUGGUGAUAGCCAUCAGGUAGUUAUUAAUGGACAUCCUGGUGGUUCAGUCCUGUUACCCUGCUCCUGCUCUGACCUGCACACCAAUCCUCAGACAUUCACCUGGACAACAGACAGAACAGGACACUGGACUGACGUGUUAAAUGAUGAACACUAUCGUGACAGACUUCAGCUGUUUAAUCACAUUUCUCCUGGUAAUCUGUCUCUGCUCAUAUCUGACCUGAGAGAAGAGGAUCAGAGAGUCUACAGGUGCAGCACUGGAUUAUGGGAAUACAGAGAAAUCAGGAUUAAUGUUAAAGGCUGUGAUCUCUCUGGUGAUAAACAUCAGGUAGUUAUUAAUGGACUCCCUGGUGGUUCAGUUCUGUUACCCUGCUCCUGCUCUGACCUGCACACCAAUCCUCAGAUAUUCACCUGGACGACUAACAGAACAGGACACUGGACUGACGUGUUAUAUGAUGAACACUAUCGUGACAGACUUCAGCUGUUUAAUCACAUUUCUCCUGGUAAUCUGUCUCUGCUCAUAUCUGACCUGAGAGAAGAGGAUCAGAGAGUCUACAGGUGCAGCACUGGAUUAAGGGAAUACAGAGACAUCAGGAUUAAUGUUGAAGGAAAAAGAGAAACUUCAACACGCUCAGGGAAAACAGACAGAAGACCUCCAUCAGAACAGCCUCCAAGAACAUGUGGAGAGAACGGGAUUACUGAAGGACGUCCGGACUGUAAGGGAAAGCCAACAGAUCAGCCUGAACCUGAUCUUGUCACUUUCUGUAUUAAAUAACACAUUAACACAGCCGGAGCAGCUCGGGUCCAGAUUAACACUGGAGAGAAAACUGAGUACACCAACAUUAUAACAAACUAAUCCAAUGUAAAUAUUCUCAGAUAUUAUAGAGUAAUGCUGAAAACAUAAAUACACACCAUGGUCAAGCACAAGAUUCUUUCUGGUGGGAUUUUUGUAUGUGUUUAAUUUUACUGUUAAAAAAUGGGAAAGAUUCCAGAUAAUUACUUCAUAUUCACCUUCAUUAGGUUAGGCUAAGGGUAUUGUUCUGCAUUCACUUUUUCUGUUAAUCAUUAAAAACCUAAAUUUGCAAACUAUAUUUUGAGUGCUUAUGACAUUUUUAUCUUAUGUGUCCCAUUCUUACAUAUAUCAGGUUAAGAAAUGAAUGUGCUAGUAGGCUUUUGUGUAAAUAGGAUUGUGUAAGAAGUUCUUGUUUGUGACUUGUUAAAACCUUGAGCAAAAAUAAAAAGAGGAUGCUUGUUCCAUUUG